AUGGUUUACAUCCACGGUGGACAGUUUUCAUCAGGCGCGUCUAAUCUCUUCCCCGCAUACGUGAUGGCAGCCUUCUACAAUGUGGUCGUGGUCUCUAUAAACUAUAGACUUGGAGCCCUUGGUUUUCUUUCUACCGCUGAUGAAAACUCUCCCGGGAACUACGGUAUUCUAGAUCAAUUACUCUAUUCGGACCAGGAGCUGGCGCUGCUUCAGCCGGGCUUUUGGCGGUCGCGCCACAGACAGAAAGACAGAGAUAUAGUCAGCCGAGUGAUCGCACAGAGCGGAUCAGCGCUAGCAGAUUGGGCGCUAAUACAAGACAAGUUCCGCGUUCAGAACACGUCUCUGGUGUUUGGUCGGCUGUUGGGUUGUCCCAUAGACUCCUCGUGGAAGCUCGUCAACUGUUUGAAACGAGGCAGGAGCUUCUAUGAGCUAGGGAACGCUGAAUUUCAGUGGGUUUUAUUCCAUGGGGUCGGUGACGAGUGGUACGAGGGUUGGCGCGCGCGGGACUGGCGGUUCCUGGACACUACGCAGGAAGCGGCUUAUGUGCUAUAUAAAAACGAGUCUCUAGCUCCUGCGUACUCAAUCGAGGAGCGUUGGUUCAACCAGAAGGUGUAUACGAGGCUGUCCGCUACAUGUACACAUACAUCUACUAUCCGACUUCCUAUAUCGAGCGCCGACCGACUAGAUACUAAGUUGCUGCUAGAGAAUAAAGUACCAGUGUACAUGUACGUACUCAAUACGACGACGAACAACAACUACAACGAACUCAAUACCACGAAUAAGACCAAGAGUUUUUCCCUUGGAGAAAAGGCUCGAUCGACAAGCGUGGACGAACAAUGA